GUGGUUCUAGACUUUUACAAACAACGGUGGCGGAAAAAACGGCAGGACGUUCUAUUCACAAAUAUGGGGAAGAUCUUGAAAUCUAAGUCUUCUUGGCCAAGAACCGUCGUGAGGAAGUGGCUAAACCUACGUAGCGGCUCUUACGAAUUUCACUCUGAUUACCCAGUCAAAGGGAGGAUGGAGCCGAGGCGAAAAAGCUGCUCCGACAUGAUCGUGCCGGAAGAUUUUCCAGGUUGGUUGGGCCAAGGAAAUGGGGAUUUAAAACAUUCAACCGGUGAUCAACAUGUGACACGCCUUGAUGACAAACUUGAUCUUAAAAUGUUUGUGGGGACAUGGAACGUGGGAGGGAAGUCGCCACAUGAAGGAUUAGACUUAAAAGAUUGGCUUAAAUCUCCCGCCGAUGCCGACAUUUACGUGCUAGGGUUUCAAGAAAUCGUGCCGUUAAAUGCCGGUAACGUACUUGGAGCAGAGGAUAAUGGUCCUGCGGCUAAGUGGUUGUCUCUUAUCCGAGAAGCCUUGAACAACAACAACGACUUAGCUCAAAAUGAGCUCGAACUUGUUAAAAAUCAAAGCACCUCCUUCGAACUUACGAAAUCAUCACAACAGCCCCGUUUCAGCUUCUCGGGUCUCUCAGAUGAUAACCGAAUAAUUCCAUGCAAUUCGACUCCUCCUCGUGGGUAUAGCCUUGCGGCGAGUAAACAGAUGGUGGGGAUAUUUUUGUGUGUGUGGGUUAGAGAUGAUCUCCGGAAACGCAUAACCAACCUCAAGGUUUCAUGUGUUGGCCGUGGUAUCAUGGGAUAUCUUGGAAACAAGGGCUCGGUAUCGAUCAGCAUGUCGUUGCAUGAAACAAGUUUAUGCUUCGUUUGUACGCAUCUUACGUCUGGAGAAAAAGAAGGCGACGAGCUCAGAAGAAACUUAGAUGUGUCCGAAAUAUUUAAGAGGACAAGAUUUUCACGUUCUUCUAAAGAUUCUCGACCGGAGACAAUAAUGGACCAUGAUAAAGUAAUAUGGCUCGGAGAUUUGAAUUAUCGGCUAAGGGCGAGCAGUGACGUGCAUGAACAGCUUAGAAACCAUGAUUGGGAAGCACUUCUAGAGAAAGAUCAGCUUAAGAUAGAACAAAGAGCUGGUAGGAUUUUUAAGGGAUGGGAAGAAGGAAAGAUUUAUUUCGCACCAACGUAUAAAUAUCGAAUAAACUCUGAUAAUUACGUUGUCCAAGCCGAAAAAUCAAAGGAAAAGCGAAGAACUCCGGCUUGGUGUGAUCGGAUAUUGUGGAAAGGUGACGGAAUGAAACAACUUUGGUACGUGAGGGGAGAGUCGAAAUUCUCGGACCAUCGACCGGUUCAAUCUCUAUUUUCGGUACAUAUUGACUUGACUCAGAAUCAAUCGAACCGUAAAACUAAACCGGUUAACCAAAAUCAUCGUCCCAACCCGGUAUUGCCUUAUACGUGCCACGGGAAAGUUCAAGCUGAAGAGAUAUUGCUCACGCGUGCACAGAGUUGUAUAGACACACUACCUAGACUUAUAUCGUCUGCUUCCUAAUUUUCUUUUGUUUUUUUCUUUCUAUUUCUUUUUGGAUGUUUUCAUGUUGACAAAGAAGAGACGACACAUGGAUUCCUAGGAUUGGACAAUGGAGCUUUCAAAUUUGGCAAAAGCAGGAUUGUUUAAAUUAUUUUAAUAUUGGGUUACCUUUUUUCCUUGUUUCCCUCUAUUAGCUAAGUUUUGGUUUAGAUCGAAUUGUGUAGAUUAGUUUUUGACUUUGUUUAUAAAUUAAGUGGAAUAUA